GUCUAUACCGAUUCGCUAAUUUUUAACUGCUCGCAACAAACGCAAAUAUUAAUAUUUUGCGCUCAAAUUUUUUUAAAUCGUUUUUUGAUAACAAAAUAUCUAGAUUUCAGCUUAAAUAAAAGAACAACAAAAAAUGUCGAACCAUUCAUAUUGAAUUAUUAAAAAUGUUGAAUUAUUCCAUUCACAAACUAAUCAGUAGGGCGUUGCUAGGAUAUAAUUAUUUGAAGUUUGAUCAAUAAUCAAAUAAAUCACGCAUUUAAAAUGUCGCUGAUCAUAAACGAUCCCUCUAAUGCUGAAAAUAAUAAGAGAAUUGAUAGAAAUGAUAAACAUAAUGGGCUUGAUAGUAUUUUUAAAAGUCCCAGAAUGACCAAAGAAUUUAUUAAAAAACUGUGCAAAGAACAAAAGCUGUACCAAACCCCAUAUCUAAAUGAUGUCCUUUAUCUUCAUUUCAAAGGUUUCUCUUACAUUGAGAACUUAGAAGAAUAUACUGGGCUAAAGUGCUUGUGGCUUGAAAAUAAUGGCAUUAAAGAAAUAAGCGGACUCGAUAAUCAGAAAGGGCUGAGGAGUUUAUUUCUUCAUUAUAAUUUAAUUAAAAAAAUUGAAAAUUUGGAGAACUGUUCAAUUUUAGACACAUUGAAUUUGGCGCAUAAUCAAGUUAAGAAAAUCGAAAACUUAGAUUGCGUAACAGGCUUACACACUCUCAAUUUGUCCAACAAUUACGUGGAAAGCCUUGAAGACUUAGAGCAUUUGGAAAAACUUAUAGAAGUGUCGGUACUAGAUUUGGCAAACAAUCAUAUUGAAGAACCUCUCAUAGUUCAAAUUUUGGGCAAUAUGCCUGGCUUGAGGGUUUUAAAUUUGAUGGGUAAUCCUGUUAUAAGAAAAAUACCGGCCUAUAGAAAAACUUUGAUAUUGGCCUGCAAAAAUCUGCAAUAUUUGGACGAUCGUCCGAUUUUUCCUAGAGAGAGAGCCUGUGCUGAAGCUUGGGAGAGAGGAGGAAUAGCAGAGGAACAUGCCGAAAGGAAACGCUGGAUAGAUAGAGAACGGCAGAAGAUUAUGGAUAGCGUUGAUGCUUUAAUUGCAUUGCGAGACCGAAGAAGAGCAGAGCGCGCAGCAGAAGACCCUGCGCAACACGUGGAUAGCGGUUUUUGCACAUCAAUUGCAGACUCGGAGAGUGAAGCUGAGAAUCUUUCGCAACCGAAUUUAAUAAUUGACUGUGAAACGAAUAACGAGGAUGACAAUAAUAUUCGACCUGUAAUAGUUGAAGAAGAAAACUCGAACUCUGAUGAAAAACCAGAAGUCAUAUAUGGCGCAGCCAUUGCAAAUGGCGAACGCCAUCAAGCAUAUAAUGAUUCGGAAUCAUCAGCGACUGAUUCGGAAUCAUCAACGACCGAUUCGGAUUCUGUCGACUCUGAUGAUUUCAUGAAAGACAGACAAACAACUGAAGAUUACUCGGCUUACCGGACAAGAAUAUUUGAUUAUUCACCUGAAAUUGUCUCACAAAAAAAAAUAUUGAUACAAGAAUUGAAUGAUGAACCUCAACCUUGUUCAAGCAAACAAGCUAUUGCUGAAGACAUGUUACGCUUUGCAAUGGAUAAUGCUGAUAUAGAAGAAAUCAGAGAUGUAAGAAAUCCCACAGGAACCGAAAUUCAACCAAUCUCGACUAAGAGUUUGUAUCCUCAAACACAAGUUGUCAAUAAGGAUGAUAAUAAUGAAUUGGAAACUGCUAAUGCCAAUUACGAUGUUGAAGAAUUUGAAGGUGAUGUAGUUAUUAAAGAGAAAUUAGAAGCUUAUGUGGAAAUAGAAUCUCAACCUUGUACAAGCCAACAAGCCCUAGCUGAAGAGAAAAUGUUUCGUUUAUCAAUCGAAAAUGUUGAUAACGAUAGCGAUGGACAGAAUAAAGGACAACAAGCCCUUGAAAAUGAUAUUGCUGAAUCUUGUGAUGAUGAAGUCAAAGAAAACAAUAUAGAAAAUGCAGCAGAUACCAGAGAAGAAUCAGAUGUAAAAGUUGAAAAAGAAGUUAUUGAAGACACUGCACCAGAAGAUAAAGUUGACGCUGAUGAAUUAUCCACUUCUGAGGCUAAGAAGGAAAUCAAAAAUAUUGAAGUUGGGGUGGAAGAUGCGCCAAUUGCAGUUGAGAAUUGUCAUGAAUGUCAAUUAGAAAACUGCUCUUGUAAUAAUAAAAAAGAAAAACAAUUAUAUGUUGAAGUUGAAAAAAUGAACGUAGAUGAGUAUCUGUCAUCAUCUACUCAAAUAAGUCAAAACUCCUGUCAUGAUAAACACUCUGAACUAAGCGAAUCAAUUUGUGAAGGCUCUAUGGCUUAUUUCUCCCUCAAAGAGCCAAAACUGGAUAGCCUGUUAACUUGUGCGCCAACAUCUGCUUCUAAAGAUAGCGAUGAUGAAAGUGAUCCUGAUGAUUUUGAUUCGACACUGAGUCAGCAACGACUUUUAGUAGAAACUUUGGACAAAUGUGAAGAUAUUAGAGCCGAUACUGGUGAAAUUGGAGAAGGAGACUUUGUCGUUGAAGCGAAAUCCAAAAAGGAACUGCAAGCGUCGCUUGGACCUCGGAAUAUCAAGUUUAAUCAAGAUACAGACGAUGAAAUCUAUAAGAAUUUGUUGAAAUGGGAUAUUAACGUUCCAGAAGGGAAUACAAUAAUUUUGGAACCUAUUCAGCGAAAGCAACGUGAAGAAUGCAAUAAGGAUGAAAUUUGUGAAAUGAUUCUCCAAUCGAAAAAAGUUGAAAAGCCUGAAUACGAAAUUGUUCCUGGAAAAGAUAUUGCCGAAGAAAAUGAUACAAUUUUAUAUUCAAGGCAUGAUAUAGUUGAAGAAGAUAAAUCUAAUAAAUUCUCGAAAACCCAAACUAUAAUGUGCAACACCGAUGUCAAACCAGUAACUGAGUUGGAUAAUGCGACUAUUAUAAGCAAGACAAUUUCCGAAGUGAGAGAAGAAAUUAAAAAAUUCAAUAAAAGCUACGAAGAGUUCAAUGAGAGAUCCAAAAUCCAGCGAGCGAAAAUUAUCGAAGAAUACAAUGAUGCUCUUGACAAAGAAGUUAAAAUAAUUAACAAGUUUAAGACCAUUUAUAAGAAAAGUGAAAAGAAGCCGCGUGAGUUUGGAAAACGAGGACCGAUUGAGGUAACCGAUGAAUCUAUGAGAAAGCAUUUUGCCGAUAUGGGUGUGGAUCUGUCGGAAGAUUUCGAAGAAAGCGGAUUGAUUAGAAAGCCAAAGCCUGAACUGGAACAUCUCGUAGACGAGCCUGAUGAAUUUGUUAGUGCGAACAAAGAGCUAGAAAAACAGUUCUUAGAGCAGCUACCACAGUUGCGAAAAAUUGUCGAAGAUGAAGAGGCGCAGGAAAAACUAAAGGAAGACGAAAAAUCUGAGAAAAAUAAUUUAGCGGAAAAAUUAAUGGAGAAUGUUACUGAUAAUGGAUCUUUGGAGAAAGAUAAGCCAGAGGAAAAAAUUGUUAUCAAAAGACGCAAUGUAAGCUGUUCUUUGGAAAUGCAGCUAGCACAAGACAAAGAAUGAAAAUUGAAAUGAGGCUUUUUUUGUUUUAGCCUAAAUAAUUAACUAUGUUUGGAAUAAAGUUUUGUGUCGA